UCAGUUACGCAUCAAUGAGUUUCAAUCGGUGCAUAAACGGUUCACUCAACAACCGUUCCCACUAACCUUGGAAUUGAAACAGUCUUUUAUAGAACAUUAACACUGCAGUCUACAUGCAUCUCUCUGAUUUGCGAGAUAAGUUUUAGCUGUUACAAAAAGAAAAUAAAAUGCAUUUAUUGUUUGUGAUUACACUUUUCGCUGGAAGUUCAUCAGCGGCUAACAUUUUAUUUUUAACAUUACUCGGCGCGCCAAGUCAUCAUAUAUGGAAUGAAGCCAUAAUAGGGCAAUUAUUGAAAAAUGGGCAUAAUAUAACAUUAUUAGGACAUGAUAAACCCAAGAUUAUAUCAUCUAAUUAUACUGUGAUGUAUAUUGAUGAUCCCUACAAAGAUUAUACAUGGGACGUACUUGAAUAUUCAAAAUUAAGUCCAAGCAAACAAAUCGCAUUAGAAUGGGAUUACCAAUAUUUCCACUGCGAAUUAGAUUUAUCAUCGGAUGUACCAAAAAAACUCAACGAUUACCCUCAAAAUCACUUUGAUUUAAUCGUUUUUGAUUUAGGAGGAGGCCAAUGUCUUUAUCCGUUAAUUGAUUACUUUAAAUCCGCAAAAACGAUUGCUGUUUCACCAUUUGGGACUCCACCUUCAAUAGGUGAUACAAUGGGGUAUCAUGUCCCAUCUUAUGUUCCUAAUUACAGCGUUCAAUACGGAAGUAACAUGGAUUUUAAAACGAAAAUUUACAACUUUUUCUUACAAACCUAUGAAUUUACUUUAAAACAUUAUUAUUUAAGUAAAAUGUUGAAGAAAUCCCAAGAAGUUUAUGGAAAAAAUAUAAGAAAUUUCUACGAAGUUGAAUUAGAUUUUGAUAUAUUAUUAACUAAUAACGAUCCUAUUUUGGAUUACCCCCAACCUUUUCCCCCGAAUAUUAUUCCAGUUGGAGGGUUGCAAACGAAAAGAUCGAAAAUGAUAAGCAAAGAGAUUGAAAAUAUAUUAGAUAGUGCUAAAGAUGGGGUCAUUUAUUUUUCAAUGGGGAGCAUAAUGAAAUCGCAAUUUAUGAGUAACGAGAUUAAAGAAGCUUUCGUGGAUGUUUUUGGUAAAUUGAAACAAACCGUUUUGUGGAAGUUUGAAGUCGAGGGGUUAAAGGUCCCGAAAAACGUUAUCAUUCAAAAAUGGUUCCCUCAAAAUGAAAUUUUGGCCCAUAAAAACGUAAAACUUUUUAUAUCUCAUUGCGGUGGAUUGAGCACUCAAGAAGCUAUUUACCACGGAGUACCCGUUCUUGGAAUUCCAAUCAUUAUCGAUCAACAUAACAAUGCUGCUAAGGUUACAAGUAAAGGAGGGGGACUUACUUUGAAUUAUUAUGAUAUAUCUAAAGAUAAAUUAUUUUCUGCUGUUAGUGAAAUUUUGAAUAAUCCAAGUUACAACAACGAAAUGAAACGAUUAUCAACAUUAUUUAAAGACCAACAAAAUCAUCCAUUAGAUAGGGCAAUAUUUUGGAUUGAAUAUAUGUUGAGGAAUAAAAAAACGUAUAAAGGAGAUUUAAAUCAUCGUUCUAGAUACAUGAAGUAUCACGAAAUUUACAGCAUUCAAAUCAUGAUUUUUGUGGUUUUAUUUAUUUCAACAUCAUUCGUUUUAUGCGGAUUAAAACGUUUAAUUAAUAAAUGUAAAUCAACUAAAGUCGAUAAGAAAAAGAAAAAUAAUUAA